AUGGCCUCGGAACUAUCCAAAGCUCUGAAGGAGUCCUUUGAGCAUGGCUCAUCCAUAUUCGACUCAACGACGUCGCGAAACGUAUCCUUCCAGUUUCCACUGUUGGGCUUCCCGAUCAAGCACUCCCUUGCCCCGGUGGUGCAUAACUCGAUGUUCCACACCAAGGGUUUGCCAUGGAAAUACCACCUUCUUGAAUCAAAGGAUAUCAAUGAUCUUCGCACAAAACUCGAAGUUUCGCCAUCCGGCGGACAAGACAGCUCUGUAACUAUUGGCGCCGCAGUUACUAUGCCUCACAAGGUGUCCUUUAUGUCUCACGUAGACGAAUUGACCACCGAAGGUCGAUCUAUUGGGGCAAUCAACACAAUUUUCACUAGACUCGACCAAAAAACGGGAACUUUGAGAAGGAUUGGGACCAACACCGACACCAUUGGAAUUGCCAGAUCCUUUACGACGACACCAAACCCGCUAUUUGCAGGAGAAACAGAGCCACAGAUUGGUAGAGAACGACCGGCAUUAGUAAUUGGGGGAGGUGGCGCAUCGCGCAGCGCAGUAUUUGCUCUGCACCAUUUUCUGGGAGCGAAAGAGAUAUACCUUGUCAGUCGACUCAAGAGCGAAACUGAUGAGAUUAUUUCCUGGUUUGCCAAGUCACCAUCUUUCAACGCCAAAUUGCGAGCAGUGCAUGACCUUGACGAAUCAAAGGCUUUGACUACGCCUUACUACAUCGUUGGUGCAAUCCCAGACAUCCCGCCUCAAACACCAGGCGAGAAAACCGCCCAUGCCAUCACUCGGGAGCUACUUGCGGGUGCCACUAGGGCCUCAGUGCCCAAGGGUGUGGUGUUGGAGAUGUGUUAUCACCCCAACAUUCGCACAACGUUUUACGAGUUUGCCGAGCAGAGUGGGUGGACGGUUGUCCCAGGAACAAUAGCCAUGAUUUGGCAAGCUGUUGCCCAGCAAGUUUUGUGGACCGAGACUGAGUUUGUUAAUGAGAUUGCUGUGGUGGACGACUUGAAGAAGAUUGUCGAGGGUAAAAUUGCUGGUCAUACGCAGACGCAUGAGGCCCGAAUCUAG